AUGAUAUUGUUAAAAAUUGAUGCUGUCCCCAAAAUUGACCAAGUAAGACACAGUUUAAAUGGACUACUUCGAGGAAACUACCUAAAGGAACUUGUCGUUUUGCUCACGGAAAAACUGAACAAUGUUUUGGAAAGUGCAAAAAUGAUUGGAGACACUGAAGAAAGAUUGUUCAAGUACGUUGUAUUCGCGAACAAGAGCAUAUUGCGCUUAGAUUUUUUUGUUUAUUAUCGUUCACUCCUCCCAAACGAAAGCCUCAAGGACUACAACAACAUCCUGGCGUAUUUCAUACAAGUAGGAUUACUGGACAUCCUGAAAGCUCGGCCACAGGUUUUAAUCUACGAAUUGACGAGAGCAACGGAAGAAGAUAAAAUUAACGAUGCCUGCAAGAAACUUAAGGCACGAGAAAAUUGUACAAGAAAACUUGGCUUCAUCCUGCAA